ACGUACCUGUUAAAAAUAUUUACAUUCAUCCAAUAGAACUAAAAUGAAGUUGUGAUAUGACAUUACGAGAAAAAAUUAUAAAAUUGUGUUAAAGAAAAAUUGUUAAGAACAAUGAUGGAUUGUUUAAAGGAACCAGCAUUCCACAUUGGAGAGAUUGAUGAAAGUGUCAAUCUUUCUUUACCUCCUGCUUCCGGAGAAGAGUAUAUCAAACGUGUAGUAAUAGAAGCGCAAAGAUGCGACGAUGUAGUUGUGGCAGAAAUAGAUGAAAGCAGGUUGAAACAACCAAAUGUUGCUAUAAACUCGUUAGCAGGCUGCAUUGAAGCUCCAGCACACCUGCGCCCUACAUUAGAUUGGCAGAAAUGUCAAACAAUUGAUUUUUCCAAGCUUAGAAUGUACAUUACUCGUUUGAGAAACAAAUUGGAAAUGGAACCUAAGAGAAAACCUUUAACCACAAACCUGCCAGAUAUAGACGAUCAAAGCGGUUGGGUUAAUUUUUGUACAGGUUUUUCUGGCGAAGGAUAUGAACUUUAUGACCCGACAUUAUCUAUUGUUCUAUCACUGAGUCAAUUUAUGAUAGAACAAAUUCUAGAACAUCUUGUACAGUUCAUUGAAACACAAAAUACGAUUUCCAAAACAUUAGGACAAUGGAUAUACGCGUUACUUGUAGUCUUAGAAUUACCUCUAAAUCCUGAUAUGUGCUCCUGUUUGCGCUCUCUAGCAAGAGCAUGUUCUAUUAUUCGGGCAAAUUUGACUACAGCGGAUCCACAUGAGGUUACAUCAUUAAACUUAUUCAUUUGUCUGAUUGCAAGAUAUUUUCGUCAACUGGACUUAGUGGACCCAUAAAAUUUCAGGAACAUUUGAAGUUUG